ACAGUAAAUAUUUAAUUAUAAUUUAAUUUAUAAUGGCAAGCGAAUGGGACGAAAUUAAGAGAUUGGCAGCUGACUUCCAAAAGGCUCAGCUAACAUCCACGUUGCAAAAACUGUCUGAACGCAAUUGCAUCGAAAUCGUAACACUGCUGUUGGAGAAGGAGCUGCUAGAGGUUGUGUUUACCAACGAUGGCAAAGAAUAUAUCACUCCGGAUCACUUGGAGCGUGAGAUUCAAGAUGAGCUGUACGCUAACGGCGGCAGAGCCAAUUUGGUGGAGGUGAGCAAAACGUUGAACGUGGAUCUAUCUCGCAUAGUAGAUCUGGCAGAACGCAUAGCUGCAGAUAAUCCUCAAAUACACCUUAUGCUGGGCCAACUCAUCGAUGAGGACUAUAUUACGCAUAUAGCACAGGAGAUCAACGAGAAACUGGCACAACGUGGUGAAAUUUCCAUAUCGGACCUGACGUCACAAUUCGAUUUGCCCUCAGACUUUUUACAACACAAUGUGGUUGAAAAGCAUUUAGGCAAGAUAAUCAAGGGCCGUCAGGAUGCUGCUAAUCCACGCAUUUUCUUCACCCAAGCCUACAUUCAGCGUUGCAAGGCGAAGAUUCGCGGCGCAUUAGCCGCCAUUACAAGACCCACAAAUGUAGCUGUAAUCUUGACACAAAUCAAUGUUCAAGAAAAGAUUUUCCAUUCGCUGAUUGAUGAAAUUUCUCCAGCUGGUCAGUUGACUUCCAAGCAAACAAAUGCUCAGUAUGUUCCGCAUAUUUAUGCCAAAAGUCAGUCAGACUGGGUUAGUUCCUUCUACAAGCAAAAUAGCUUUCUGGAGUAUGAAGCCAUUAACAAACUAGGCAUUUCGGAUGCUAAAUCCUAUAUACGCAAGCAAUUUCCCAAUGAAGAGUUUCUAUUCCUCAAGCGUGUGGCGCUCGGUGCGCAACUGAUUGAUCUGACCGUAGUGUCCGCGCUCAAUGAAUGCAAUGCAACUAAACAGUACCUGGACCUAUCCACAGUUUUGCCGUCUAAUUUAUCAGAGGAAGACAUUCAAGAGGUUUUUGAUGCAGUUAUGGCGCAAAAGCAUUGCAAUCCAAGCCAUUUUGUUUAUCUGGAUAGCAUUGUCUUUUCGCAGGCGUAUCUAACGCAGCUUGUGCACACAUGUCAGGACAUGGCACAAGCACAUGCUAAAGCAGCUGUGGACACGGGUGUAUAUCAGCAAUAUAUUGUGGACAAAACCUUAGCUCAAAAGGGCAACAACACGGGAGCUGCGCACGAUGCUGACGAUGAUAAGCUGGAUAAACGUGAUGAACGUAGGAAAAAGGCAGCAUCUGGCAAGGCAGGCGGAGGCGCUCAGGGACGUGAAACUAAAACAAAGUCCACCAAGAAACAUCAGCGUGGACGUGCCGCUGCUCACAAUGACAGCGAUAACGAAGAUGAAGCAAUGCAAACAUCUGCAGGCAAUUCGCGCAAAUCGGCUAAGACCUUAGAUCUUGUCAAAGAAGCUGAUAUUAUAAAGCAGAUUAAGGCCACGCUUGAAGAGGAGGGCCUGGAGCAUCUUGCGGCGUCUAUUGCCGGAAUCUAUGUAAAUCAACUGAAUCAGGCUGCCUUGGUCAAAGCCCAGGAGCUGUAUGAGGCAACGCCGCAAACAAACCGUCGUCAGACCCAUGCUGCCAUACAAGAGCGUGUCAACACGCUACUUGUAGACAUACGUCUAUAUGAAAAGGGUCUGAAGCUAUUUUCGGCUGAUACACAAGCACAGCUGGUCAAGUACUUGCUUAAGUCGCUGGGAAACGAUAUUUGCAAUGAACUAACGCUGUAUGUGGCAGCUGAGUGCAGUCUAACCGUCAAAUCAACAAAUCUGAAUGUUGAUCAACGCAUUAAACUCAUACAGGAGUGCGAUGCACAAUACCGUGCUGCAUUGGUGGAACAAAACAAAGCUUUGAACAAAACAAUUGAAGACUUUGAGAUAGCAACGGAGGCUGUGUUAAAAGAUUGCAGCAUGAUUGUCAAAAAAGCGGACAAGAAAAAGGAUCGUUUAUUGAUACUUGAUCAUAAGGAUAAACUACUGCAACAACUACAGGAAUGCAAUGAACCAGCUUUAGUUUUGCAUUUGGCUGCUCUUAUACUCUUUACUACCAUUACUGGAUGCAUUUUACAUGCAUCUGGUAAAUUUGUAUCCUCCAUUCUGCAACAUUUGCGGCCCACGCUAAAUGAAACACAAAAUGCGCUUCUAGUGCGUUAUCACGAUCUGGUUUUACAAUUGCUGCAACAAUCAUCGGCUGAAAGCGCUGAAUCAAAGUCAGUUAAUGAACAACUGACAACGCUUCAAACACAGAUUCUUGAAUUGGCCCAAAACUAUUCACGAGCCUCUGUCUCAAAGGCUGAUUAAGUUACAAUCCUAAAUUUCAAAUUUAUAUUCUCUCGAGUCGCAUAAAUUGGUAAUGGUCUGCAAUAAACUAUUUGAAUUGUUGAGUAU